GCAGAGAGCCAGAGAUUCCCAUCCUCACUUUCCUUUGACUUCGUUACCCGGGUCCUGGCUCUCCCUCUCAAAAAGUAAAGAAAAAAAAAGAAGAGAAGAAAACUAACUCGACGACCUCGUAGCUUGGUAUAAUUACAUGUUAUCCUGCACUGCAGCGAAUCGCCAGAGCUACAUCCGACGCAGUGCUGCUACACUUGCUCGCUGGUGGCGCUCCAGGUUCAAUCCAUUUGCUAACUAGGAAUCACCUAGGCAAAAGGAUGUUCUGAUAAGCUUCAAUUCGAGCUGAAAGUUUUGUCACUGCGUAGCUAGGAAGAUGGACUGAUUUUCUACUUGGGAUUUGGGAGUUCAUAUACAUAUACUUGACCUAAAAGUUUAAGCUUUUUUUUGUUGGUAAUUAAGAUAAAAUUGAGCAAUAUGAUUUUUUUUAUAUAAAGGAAACAACAAGCUUGUUGUUGCUGAGUGAGUUGAAAGUUUCUAGAAGAAAAACGAGUUAAAAGUAAAAAAAAAAGAAGUUGUCCUUGGAACCUUAUUAUGUGUUUUUUUUGGGAUGAAGGAGAAGACGAAGGAAUUUGACAAAUUGAGGUGCCAGUAGCAGAAGCUAGGCACUGGGGCAGAUUAGCACCAUCCAUCAGUUGAAAGCUGCUGCUGCACAUAGCUUUGGUCCCAGGUAUGGAGCUGGUUACAGGGGUGCUGGGCAGUUUGCUCCCCAAGCUGGGCGAGCUGCUCAAAGACGAGUAUGACCUGCAGAGGGGCACGAGAGAGAAGAUCAAGUCUCUGUCGCGGGAGCUCGAGAGCGUGCACGCUGUCCUCCGUAUUGUCGGCGAGGUGCCAUCGGAGCAGCUCGACGAGCUGGUCAAGCUCUGGGCACGUGAUGUGAGGGAGCUGUCCUAUGACAUGGAGGACAUCGUCGACACCUUCUUGGUGCGUUUCAAUGACGGUCAUGAGCCCGAUGACCCACGGGUGCUCAGGCGCCUCCGCAAGAAGAUGAGCAAACUGUUCAAGAAAGCCAAGGAUCGCCGCGAGAUUGCUGGCGCGAUACGAAGAAUCAAUGAGAAGCUCCAGGAGGUGGCAACCAGGCGUGCCAGGUACAGAGUCGAUAGCAUUGUCACAAAGCCUGCAGGCCCAGUGAGCAUCGAUCCUCGCAUUCAGGCUCUGUACAAAAGGUCAACAGAGCUUAUUGGCGUUGACGGACCAAUGGACAAGAUCAUAAACAUGCUAUCACCUAGGAAUGAUAUUCAUCUGUCUGAUAAGAAGAAGAUUAUCUCAAUUGUGGGAUUUGGAGGACUAGGAAAGACCACCCUUGCCAAAGCAGUCUAUGACAAGCUUAAACCAGAUUUCGAUUGUGGGGCUUUUGUUCCGGUCGGUCGGAAUCCUGACAUGAAAAAAGUUUUAAGGGACAUUCUGAUUGAUCUUGACAAGCAAAACUAUAUGCAUUCAAAUACAACGACGACAUUGGAUGAAAGGCAGCUCAUCAACGGAAUCAAGGAUCUAGUCGAGAAAAAGAGGAGCAUUGUUAUUAUUGAUGACAUAUGGGAUAAGAAAUCAUGGGAAUUAAUCAGAUGUGCACUGCAAGAUAGUAAUUGUGGAAGUAGAGUAGUCGUAACUACUCGUAUUUCUGAAGUUGCCACACAUGCGGGUUGUGUUUACAAUAUGGAGCCACUUUCUCGUGAUGACUCUGAAAAAUUGUUAUACACAAGAAUAGCUAGUGCUGAAGGCAAAUGUCUUACUAGACCAUCAGCCGUGGCAUGUGAGAAAAUUUUGAACAAAUGUGAUGGUGUGCCAUUAGCUAUAAUAACAAUAGCUAGUCUGUUGGCGAACAAACCCGAAGAGGAUUGGUCUGAGGUGUACAAUUCCAUUGGUUUUGGGCAUGGAGGUAAUAACGAUGUAGAGAAUACUAUAAAGAUAUUGUCUUUUAGCUACUAUGAUCUGCCUUCCUAUCUAAAGGCUUGCCUAUUGUAUCUAAGCAUAUUUCAGGAAGAUGUUGAGAUCGACAAAAAUCUUUUGAUAUGGAAAUGGAUAGCUGAAGGUUUUGUUCAGGAGAAACAAGCAGUACGGAUAGGGUUAUUUGAGCUUGCGGAGGGUUGUUUCAACGAGCUGAUAAACAGAAACAUGAUCCAGCCAGAGGUGUCACAAUAUGAAUGGUAUGGACCGAAGUUCCAAAGUGACCAAGUGUAUGAGGAAGGCUAUGUAUAUGGUUGCCGUGUUCAUGAUAUGAUUCUUGAUAUGAUCCGUUCAUUGUCAAAGGAAGAAAAUUUUGUCACUGUAUUGGACAGCCAUGAGCAGUCGGAACUUCCUCUGAGCCAUGCUCGCAGGUUAGCCCUGCAUGGUAUGAGUAUUGAACAGCAAAACCGUUGUCAGAUGGCUAAUAUGGCUGCAGAGCAAGCGAGGUCCUUUUUUGCCAACAAGUGCGAUGAUAUUAGCUUGGUUUUCCCAUACUUCCGAGCUGUACGGGUAUUAGGUCUAGAAUAUUCAGCGGAUUAUGGUAUUUGGCGGCAUUUUAGGAGUUUAUUUCACCUAAGGUACCUUGGGCUAGUAGGUGUCAACAUUAAAGAUCUCCCCAAGGAGGUUGGAGAUCUGAAGUUUCUGCAGACAUUGGAUGUGAAGAGAACUUCUAUAUCGAAACUGCCAGAUACUGUGGGCAUGCUAACACAGCUGCUGUGCCUACAUGCUUACGCUGCCGCACCGGUUGGUUUGAUCGGGAAGCUGACAUCCCUCCAAGAGCUGUGGAUUAUAAAGCCUUCUGCAGCUGCAUACAUGCACCAUGACGAGAAUGCUGAUGACAUGUGCUUCAGCGAGAAGGAUGCUGGUGACAUGUACUCUGAUGAGAAGAAUGCUGCAAGGCAGUUUGUUAAGGACUUAGGUAGACUCAGAGAGCUGAGGGUGCUCCGGACUAAGAUUGAUGUAAUGGAUGAUAGCAUAGCAAGAGAUUUGCUAGAGUCUCUAGACAAUCUGCACAAGAUAAGGUAUUUGGAAAUUUUGGGUAUAUUAUGGGGGAUGAACGUCACAUGGACCAGAACAGGAUUCAUCUCCCCAUGGCACCUCCGCCGCUUGUGUUUGGUAUGCAUCGAGUUUUCCAGAUUGCCUGCUUGGAUUAACUCGUCAGCUCUUCCAAACCUCUCCUUUAUAAACGUGACAGUGCAGGUUAUCCAGGAGCAGGACAUGGAAACCCUUGGGAUGUUGCCAGAACUAUAUUGCCUAAAAUUGUACUCGCGUUACACAAACGUAGUUAGCAUUAAGCAUACUGGCAAUGGUGGCUACUUCCAGAAGUUGAAAUCCUUCAAGAUUGUUGGCUCAUCAGUCCGGUUUGAUCUGAGUUGCUGCGACUGCAGUGGUGGUGAGAUAAAAUCUUCUUUCAUGCCAAGCCUCGAAACCUUUGAGACUGAUGUCCAUGUGCGGUUCCUAGAAGAUGCGAACAUGCUUGGUUUCGACAAGCUUGGCUUGGAGAACCUCCCUAGUUCGCUAAAGAGAAUCAUUGUUGUAAUCUGUUGCCGAGAUGCCUGUGAUGCAGAGGUGGAGGAAGCACAGGCGGCAUUGGAGCAUGCAGCUGACAUCCAUCCCAACAAUCCCACUCUUAAAAUUGAUAGAUAUGGAGAAGAAAUUAAACGGCCCUUGUGAGGUAUGCUGAUGAUAUCCCUGAUUGUGAGGUAUGUGGUGAAUAUUCUCAAUCUGAAUUUCAUCCUAUUAUUAAGUGCGCUCUGGCCCGGCUGUUCUACUUGUAUGUACUGUAAAACUCCGCAGAGAGGAUGAUAUACUGCUAUCAUGUUCUGUGGAAUGUGCCCGCCCCGGACUGCAAGGGAACGAGAAGUCAUGGUGAAUUUGUACCAAAUCAUCAAAUGAAGGGAUACAGGCCAGAGAUGUUUUUGUGUGUGUUGUUUGGAGUUUUGACAUCAAAUUUGUAAAUAGGAUAUGCUAUAUUGCUGCACACCAAAUUGAAAAUGUAAGACAAAUCCUAAACCUUUUCACUCCAUUUGAGUGUGUAAAGAUGCUGCCAGCUAGGGCUGCCCCUGGGGAGGGUACGGGUAACCCAUACCAAUUUUAUUCAUACCCAUUUCAAAA